UUUUACAAUCAAACGUGAAACAUUGUGGAGAAGUAAAAAUGAAAAGUGCAGUGCUGUGUGUUUUAAUUUGUGCCGUCGGAAUCUCCAAUGGUUGUGUACCAUCAUUAACAAAAGUAUCUGGAACUGCUGCUCCUCGUACAUACUGCUCUGGAGAUAUAAUUUUUCAAGAUGAAUUUAAUUGCAUUAAUAGUCAAAAUUGGUUCUUCGAGAAUACAUUAGCUGGUGGCGGUAACUGGGAAUUCCAAUGGUACCCUGGCUUUGAUCCAGAAAAUCUUAGAGCUGAAGAUGGAGUCCUUAAGUUUGUUCCAACCUUAACAUCUGAACGUUUUGGUGAAGCUUUCUUAACUCAAGGACGUGUUGCAAUUCCUCCUGAUCAAUGUACACAAGCUGACUGGUAUGGAUGCGAUCGUACAGGAAAUGACAACAACAUUAUCAAUCCAGCCAGAAGUAUUAGAGUUGAUACACGAGAAUCCUUUGGAUUUGUUUACGGUGAACUUGAAAUUCGUGCUAAAAUGCCUGCUGGUGACUGGUUAUGGCCUGCACUUUGGCUUAUGCCUAUGCAUAAUGUUUAUGGAGGAUGGCCUAGAUCUGGUGAAAUUGAUUUGAUGGAAAUGCGUGGAAAUAGAAAUCUCUUCGAUGGUGCUACAAAUGUUGGUGUAGAACAAGGAGGCAGUACUAUGCAUUUUGGUCCAAACUGGAACCAUAAUGGAUGGCCAACAGCACAUGGAACACGCAAUAUACAACCAGGUUAUAAUUCAGGAUUCCACAACUUUACAUUAAGAUGGGAGCCAACUAGAAUUACAUUCCUUUUUGAUGGUGAUGUUGUUAAUACAGUUGAAGCUGGAACUGGCUUUUGGGAUCGUGGUAAUUUCCAGAACUCAGGAUUUGCAAAUCCAUGGACAAGAGGAACUGUAUUGGCUCCAUUCGAUCAAGAAUUCUACAUCAUCAUGAAUUUGGCUGUUGGCGGUGUCAACUUCUUCCCAGAUCAUUUUGUAAACAGAGACGGUCCUAAGCCAUGGAACAAUGGAAGUCCAACUGCAUUACGUGAUUUCUGGAGAGGCCGAUCAUCAUGGGAACCAACAUGGAAUCGUGACACUGAAGAUUCAUUCAUGCAAAUUGAUUAUGUUAGAGUACGAGCUUUAUAAAAUGUGAAUAAAAUGUUUU